AAGGGGGCAGAUUACAAAAAAUAACUCACUGCUUGUAGCAGCAUAAAAAAAAAAAAAGAGAAAAAAAGGAUCAGGGAUUGCGGGAGCCGAUGAGAAGCCGGGGGAGAGGAAGCCUCCUGCAAGGAUUAGAGGCUGGAGAUUUGUCUCUGUGAAUUGGGUGAAUUAUUUAAUAGGAGCUGCUGUGCUGAGCGCAGGGAGGAGAGCCCACAGGCAGCAUGGCUGACAACACCAGCCUGGCCAGCAAGUCUGCUUUGCAAGCAGCAUUCUCUACUGCUUCCUCUCUCCCAUCUCUCCUUGUUGCUACUUCUUCCCAUCACGGCUCCCCUUAUCCCAUUUCCCGUCCUACCCAGCCCCCUCAGACAGUCUCUACAGGUGGCGGCGGAAUGAGGCUAGAAGCGGUCAUGGAGAACUUACAGCGCCAACAGGCUGCUCGUUUGGCCUUGGAGGAAAAACUACGACAGGAAAAAGACAGAGAACUGCGUUGUUUGGUAGAGUCACGCAUCCAGCAACAAGCGUUGGCCAUACGCCAUUACCAAGCCGCCGUAAGGGCAGCAGCCGCUGCAGCAGUGACUACCCCCACAAUCGUGAACAACACCAAUACAUCCACCACUACCACAGCAUCGAGCUCAAUCUUAUCCCAGAAUCGGACUUCUCUGAUCUUUCCUCAAACCCCAAUCCAGAAAUCGGAGGAUGAAGACUCUAAGCACAAAAGUGAAGGAGAAGAGCCGGACUUUGACGAUGAUGAUAUGGAUGACGAGGAAGGAGAAGAAGAGGAGGAACAUAUGGAGAUGAACUCAAAUAUACAACCUGGCUCACCUAGCAAGGGACUGUCAAGGGUCAACCAAUCACAAUUACCAAAUACUAGUUCCCAGUCAAACACUUUAUCUCCCAAUGGACAAUCGGGCCAUCAUGAGUGGACGUAUGAGGAGCAGUUUAAACAGCUCUACGAGUUGGACGAGGACCCCAAGAGGAAAGAGUUCCUGGACGACCUGUUCAGCUUCAUGCAGAAGAGAGGAACGCCGGUGAAUCGGAUCCCCAUCAUGGCCAAGCAAGUCCUGGACCUGUACACGCUCUACAGGCUGGUGACGGAGAAGGGCGGCUUGGUGGACGUCAUCAAUAAGAAGAUAUGGAGAGAGAUCACCAAAGGGCUGAGCCUUCCAACCUCCAUCACCAGCGCCGCUUUCACCCUGCGGACACAAUACAUGAAGUAUCUGUACCCCUAUGAAUGUGAGAAGAGGGGGCUCAGCUCCCCCGGAGAGCUACAAGCCGCCAUCGACAGCAACCGGCGAGAGGGCCGCCGGCAGAGCUUCGGAUCUGGCCUCUUCAGCUACUCGCCUGUUGGGACUCCUAAUGUCCUCACCUCCCCGAAGAUCAACAUGUCCGCCCUAUCUGUCUCAACGCACAAUGGAGGGCAGAUUUCUCAAAUGCCAGCCAUAAAGAAAGAAGACAUCAUUCACCAGUCAGGAACCCACCACCGUGUCGGGAUCCCCGUCAACUUCUCCAACCAUCACGCAGCUGCCGCCCAAGCCGUACAAGCUAUGCAAGCUGCCGCCUUGGAACAGCUGCGGGAAAAGCUGGAGUCCGGAGAACCGCCGGAAAAGAAGAUGGCCAUGAUGGCGGAGGAGCAGCAGAGAUUAAUGCAGCACGCCCUGCAACACAACCUCCUGGCCAUGGCGGCCCAACUGCCCAUGAAUGUAAAAAUCAACAGCCGAGAUGACAGACAAGAGAUGGCGAUGAACCUGUCUGCCUCCAGCAUUAGCAGCAUCAACAUGUCAAUAGAAAUAAAUGGAGUCGUCUACGCAGGUGUGCUAUUUGCCCGCAGAGCUGGGGCUCCACCAGGGUCCAGCACAAGCUCAAACAACAACGGCCGCUCCAGCCCGUCGACGGCGCAGCAGAUGCCCCCGCUCUCCUCUUCAUCACAAGGACACACUCCACCUAGUUCUUCCCCGUGAGCCCACGUGAUGUCCAUCCUCUUCCAGUACCCCCUUUAACCUGCAUCUCGCAUCCACACAUGGGUAGGGUGGGCUUUCUCUGAGGUUGGUAACCAGAAUUAACGGCACUGCAAAGGAGGAUGUACAGAGAAAAAAAAAAAAAAAAGUGGCAUUAUUUUAUGACUUUGUGAGGAGCCUCAUCGAGCUUUCUUCAGUCCUGACCUCUGCCGGGGGCCACCAACCUCCUGAGCUUUGUCCUGCUACAUGGUGGAAGCUCAGUAUGCAAAACCACCAGAAAAAAUAUAAAAAACUUCUGACAAUCUCAUCUCCGUUCCGACCACCCUACCUCUAAUAGACCUACCUGGAGGACACUGAGGGGCUCUUACCUCCUGUAGAGUAGAACCCAACCCUCGUCUACACCAACCAUUUCCCAGGGCUCAGAGGGCUCGAGACAUCUUCAUCACCACAGGUCACGUCCAGGAAAUCAAACCAUGAAAAGAACCCAUCAACCAUAGCUUUACCAAAGAGAUAAUUGAGUUAAUUUAUUCAACCCUAACAUAUCUAGUAGAAUAGAUAAGUGUUGCUUUUUUUUUUAAAACUUUAUUUCUGUGUUUGCAAAAAAAAAAAAAAAGUGUCGUCUUUUCAGAAGCGACCUCUGCGCCACAAACGGUCCUCCAAUGGGUUUUUCACGCAGAGACAUCGGUUAGGAUGGAGUUGUAACAUAACAAGAACGGCUUGAGAUAACCAAAGACCCGUGCCAGCCUUCGUGGAGAAACACGAGACUAUCACACAUACCUCAGAUUCAACAAAGUAGCCAAGAGAAAGGGCUGUAGACAGAGGCAGAGGCCUUAUUCAUCUAAGCGUCUUCGUUGGCCUGUUCCUUCAAUCGGAAUCUCCCUUUUUCGUUCUGCAGUUCCAGGAAUAGUUUUUGAAGGGCCACCUAGACAGUUUUCAUAUCAGACAUUUUGGUGGCUCCUUCUACAAGGUUCUAGCACCCUCGGCUGUCCUCUCAAGCGGUGCAGAGAGGCAGUGUUUCCUUUGUUAAAUAUUUUAUCAGUUGUUGUGUGCUAAAUUUACUAUUUAUAAGGGCCAUGCACAGGAAUUAGGGAUCGUUUAACAGGUCUGCAAGAAUCAAGAUUCAUUCCAGCUCUUAUCACAAGCACAACUGGGGGGUCAAGCUAUGGACAAUUCAAAUAUGUACAUAUCAUCAAUAUUCAGUAAAAUAACUUUAAAACAAGCCCUUUCUUACCUCUGUAGCUACAGGCACUGUGGAACAAUUUAUUCUCAAACUUUGAAGCUUUUCAAUGUUACUUUCACUUUCUCUCUGGAGCUUACCCCCCCCCCUCUUGGCAGUCACCUGGCAGCCAGCCUUAGUACCGUAUUUAUCGCGGUAUAACGCUCUCCAGCGUAUACCGCGCAUCCCUAAAGUGGCCCUCUAAC